UGCCACCAUCAAUAGCGCGCUCACGCGUUACACCUACGCAUACCAUGAAGAGAUGUCUUACUUCACAAAUGCAAAGAGCCUGUCCGAAUCCCUCCGACGACCGGCCGCAGCACGCAAUUAUCGAUGGCGCCAUGCCUAAGCGAGCCUAGAGCAUUUUGUCGCGUCCAAAAAAAUUGGUGGGGUUGGCGUGAGAGGGACAUCUAGUGCUCUGACUGCUUAAAGCCCGUAUAGUCUUUUACUAUUGUCCUCCGUUCCUUACUCUUCACUCCCUUUCCAACACAAAACCUACGUUUAUUUGCCUGUCAUGUCCAGUUACGCGCUCCCCAAGUCCCACCAGGACCUCAUGGAGAAGUCCCUGGUGGAAACCGACAAUGAGGUCGCCCAGAUUAUGGAGAAGGAAAUCCAGCGUCAGCGCGAGUCCAUCCUCCUCAUCGCCUCCGAGAAUGUCACUUCCCGCGCUGUCUUCGAUGCGCUCGGUUCGCCCAUGUCCAACAAGUACUCUGAGGGUUACCCCGGCGCCCGCUACUACGGUGGCAACGAGCACAUCGACUCUAUUGAGUUGCUCUGCCAGAAGCGCGCACUCGAGACCUUUGGUCUAGACUCGGAGAAGUGGGGUGUCAACGUACAGUGCCUGAGUGGUAGCCCGGCAAACCUCCAGGCUUACCAGGCCAUUAUGAGGCCGCACGACAGGCUUAUGGGUCUUGACCUGCCCCAUGGUGGACAUUUGAGCCACGGCUACCAAACACCCCAGAGGAAGAUCUCCGCUGUUUCCACAUACUUUGAGACUUUCCCCUACCGCGUAAACCUCGACACCGGCCUCAUCGACUACGAUCAGCUUGAGCAGAACGCCCUCAUGUACCGUCCCAAGGUGCUCGUCGCCGGUACCUCCGCUUACUGCCGUGAGAUUGACUACGCCCGCAUGCGCGAGAUUGCCGACAAGGUUGGCUGCUACCUCCUGAUGGACAUGGCCCAUAUCUCUGGUCUUGUCGCUGCUGGCGUCAACAAGUCGCCCUUCCAAUACUGCGACAUUGUCACAACCACCACCCACAAGUCCCUCCGUGGACCCCGUGGUGCCAUGAUCUUCUUCCGCAAGGGUGUACGCAAGACCGACCCCAAGACUGGCAAGGAGACGCUCUACGAUCUCGAGGGUCCUAUCAACUUCUCCGUCUUCCCUGGCCACCAGGGUGGCCCCCACAACCACACCAUCACCGCCCUCGCGGUUGCGCUCAAGCAAGCCCAAUCUGAGGACUUCAAGCUCUACCAGCAGCAGGUCAUCAAGAACGCCAAGGCCCUCGAGGUUGCGUUCAAGAGCAUGGACUACAAGCUCGUUACCGACGGUACUGACAACCACAUGGUUCUGAUCGACCUGAAGCCCUUCAACCUUGACGGUGCCCGUGUCGAAGCCGUUCUUGAGCAAGUCAACAUUGCCUGCAACAAGAACACCACUCCUGGUGACAAGUCGGCUCUCACACCGAUGGGUAUCCGUAUUGGAGCCCCAGCCAUGACCUCGCGUGGUCUUGGUGAGGAGGACUUCAAGAAGAUUGCCAACUACAUCGACCAGUGCAUCAAGCUGUGCAAGAAGAUCCAAGGCGAGCUCCCCAAGGAGAACAACAAGCUCAAGGACUUCAAGAGCAAGGUUGCUAGCGGUGAGGUACAGGAGAUCAACGACCUCAAGAAGGAGAUUGCGGCCUGGGCCGUCACCUUCCCUCUGCCCAUCUAAGCCUACAUGAAGCUUUUUUCGUGAUUGGGCGGCGUACUAUGGCGUUUCUUUCUCCAAGCGGGAUAUGGUGUUUCAACAAAAAGGCAAAUUCUGGACUGGCAAAUUCAACAGCUCUACCAUUUUGGGAAUUUACGAGGAAUGAUAUGAUUAGGACGAUAAAAAGAGAUACCUGAAGAUUUAGAUGCGCUGCUUAACCAGUGGGUCUUAGUCACCAAAUGUAAAAACUUGACUCAAACUCUUUGGUAUGACUAUUGCAUUCAUGUGAUUGG